AUGCCACGUGUGUGUUACGUGUGCCACGUGCUGGCGGGGCCGUGGCACAUCCCCGAUAAUGCCAUGGAGGGGGGGGCUCAGCAGAGCAGCCUCUGGGAGCCCCCCGAGCAGGAUGGGAGUCCUGGUGAGCGGGAUGGGGGCGAGGGGCCGCCCGAGGUCAAGCGCUCCCAGCCCCUCCUCAUCCAAGGCAGCAGCCGGCAGCCGCUACAGGAGGAGCCACGAGCGUCGUCGCUGCCCAGCAUCCCCAACCCCUUCCCUGAGCUCUGCAGCCCCUCCAACUCACCCAUCCUGAGCAGCCCGGCCCUGGGACAGGCACCCCCCCGCGAGGGCACCUCCCAUGUGGUGAAGGUGUUCGGUGAGGACGGCGCCUGCCGCUCUCUGGAGGCGUCGGCGGCGACCACGGCGCGGCAGCUCUGCGAGACCCUGGUGCGCAGGACACGGGCGCUGCACGACCACAGCUGGGCCCUGGUGGAGCUGCACCAGCACCUGGCCCUGGAGCGCUGCCUGGAGGACCACGAGUCGGUGGUGGAGGUGCAGAGCUCCUGGGCCCCGGGUGCCGACAGCCGCUUCGUGUUCCGCAAGAACUUCGCCAAGUACGAGCUCUUCAAGAGCAACGCGCAGUCGCUGUUCCCCGAGGUGAUGGUGUCCAGCUGCCUGGAGGCCAACAAGAGCAUGGCACACUCCGAGCUCAUCCAGAACUUCCUCAACUCUGGGAGCUGCCCUGAGGUCCAGGGCUUCCUGCAGCUGCGGGAGGCCGGGCGCAAGGUCUGGAAGCGUUUCCACUUCUCCCUGCGCCGCUCGGGGCUCUACUACUCCACCAAGGGCACCUCCAAGGACCCCCGGCACCUCCAGUACUUCGCUGACCUCACCGAGUCCAACAUCUACUACGUGACGCAGGGCAAGAAGCUCUACGGGACGCCCACCGAAUUUGGCUUCUGCAUCAAGCCCCACAAGGUGCGGAGUGGUGUGAAGGGUCUGAAGCUGCUCUGCAGCGAGGAUGAGCAGAGCCGCAGCUGCUGGAUGGCCGCGUUCCGGCUCUUCAAGUACGGGAUGCAGCUCUACCGCAACUACCAGCAAGCACAGGCACGACUGAGCCAACCCCCCUGGAUCGGCCCCACCCCCCUGCGAAGCGUCUCGGACAAUGCACUGGUGGCCAUGGACUUCUCAGGGUGCACGGGCCGGGUGAUUGAGAACCCCAAUGAGGUGCUGACUGCAGCCCUGGAGGAGGCACAGGCCUGGAGGAAGAAGACGACUCACCGGUACAGCCUGCCUGCAGCCUGCCACAGCUCCCCGCUCAGUGCCGCCAUCCACCGCACCCAGCCCUGGUUCCACGGGCGCAUCUCCCGGGAGGACACCCAGCAGCUCAUCGGCCGCCAGGGCUUGGUGGACGGGGUCUUCCUGGUGCGGGAGAGCCAACGGAACCCCAAGGGCUUCGUGCUGUCCCUGUGUCACCUGCAGCGCAUCAAACACUACCUCAUCCUGCCGAGCGAGGAGGAGGGUCGGCUCUACUUCACCAUGGACGACGGGCAGACGCGCUUCGCCGACCUCAUCCAGCUCGUGGAGUUCCACCAGAUCAACCGCGGCAUCCUGCCCUGCAAGCUGCGGCACUACUGCACCUGCGUGGCCCUCUGAGCCACGGCGUGGCACCACCGGGAGGGUUUGGCACAGCCUGGCACCACCAGCGUGGCAGGGUUUGGCUCAGUCUGG